GGUGAUAUUUUACGAGGGAGGGAGAGAGUUAUACAUGUGUGUACAUAUAUAUGUAUGUGUUUUACGUGUAUAUGGUGCGAGUGGCUUUUGCCAUUGUUUCUGGGUUUUAUACUUUCUUUUGACAUUGAUGGGUCAAACUGUUUUCUUGUCUUCAUAAAUAAAUUGUUCGUUUGAGAAACUAAUUAAUUGUUCGAAUCUCCUCCGUCUCGUGAUUUGCUCAUACACAGAGAGAGAGAGAUGAUUUCGCGUUUCUCCCUCAGUUAAGAUACGGGAAAAACGCCAGAGCCCAGUUCGCUGGUCUGAUUUCUGCUCAAUUCUUUAUGAAUUCAAGCGAAAAACGGAGAAACCCAGUUGGGCAAUGGAGAACUCACAGUCCCCUCUGAAGCUCUUGUUCUAUUUUUUUUCUCUUCUACUGCUGUUAACUGAUUUUAGCUUUGCAAAAUCGAAACUUUUCCUUUGAAAAAUCGAAUCUUUUAGUGGGAAACAUAUCCGGAAGGAAGAUCUCGAUUUGUUCUAAUAAGCUAAUUUGGGAUUUUUUCUUUUCUUUUUUGGUUCCAGUGGCAGGAAGCUUGUGCUGAUUUGUUUAGUCCUGGUGGCACUACCAUAUAUCGUCUGUUCUUCAGCGUGAAAGCCAAUUGGGUUGCGUCUAAAGUAAGUGAAAAAUCCGAUUUGGUUCGUCUCCGGACGAACAAAGGAAAACCCACCAAAAAACAAAGUUCGAAUCUUUCUGUCCGUGGAAUUUUAGCAUGUCUGUGGCGGUAUCAUGGGUUGCUUCCCCAAAUUCAGAGCUAUUAAGCAGAUACGGCUUCGAAAGGGUAAUAGAAUCUUCUAGAUUCUUCUCUAGUCGUCAGAAUCCGAAAGCUAUUAAGAGUAGGAAGCAGAGAUGGAGUGGAAAUGGCGGCGGCGGUGGUGUGGUGGUUUCGAGCAUGGUUGCUAGCCCUGCGGGAGAGCUGACCCUCUCAUCCGAGGAGAAGGUUUACAAUGUCGUGUUGAAACAGGCGGCUCUGGUGAACAGGCAGCUGAGAUCUGCUCCUGCUGAUGUUGAUGUGAAGCCGGACGUUGUUCUUCCGGGGACGUUGAGUGAGGCGUACGACCGAUGCGGAGAAGUUUGUGCAGAAUACGCGAAAACCUUCUAUCUCGGGACAUUGCUUAUGACACCCGAAAGGCGGAAGGCUAUUUGGGCGAUAUACGUUUGGUGUAGAAGAACCGACGAACUCGUAGAUGGACCUAAUGCUUCACAUAUAACACCAACGGCUCUGGACAGAUGGGAAGCAAGGUUAGAUGAUCUUUUCCGAGGCCGUCCUUUCGAUAUGCUCGACGCUGCUCUCGCUGAUACAGUUUCCCAAUACCCCGUCGAUAUUCAGCCAUUUAGAGAUAUGAUAGAAGGAAUGAGAAUGGACCUGAGGAAAUCGAGAUACCAGAACUUCGACGAGCUCUAUAUGUACUGUUAUUACGUCGCCGGGACAGUGGGAUUGAUGAGUGUUCCUGUGAUGGGUAUCGACCCGAAAUCGAAAGCUACGACCGAGAGCGUCUAUAAUGCGGCCUUGGCCCUCGGGAUUGCGAAUCAGCUCACCAACAUUCUCAGAGACGUAGGGGAAGACGCAAGAAGAGGAAGGGUGUACCUGCCGCAGGACGAGUUGACUCAGGCGGGUCUUUCCGAUGAAGAUAUCUUCGCCGGAAGAGUUACCGAGAAAUGGAGAAACUUCAUGAAAAUGCAGAUCAAACGGGCACGAAAGUUCUUCGAUGAAGCUGAGAAAGGUGUCACUGAGCUCAGCUCCGCAAGCCGAUGGCCGGUAUGGGCAUCGUUGCUUCUGUACCGGAGAAUACUGGAUGAGAUCGAAGCCAACGAUUACAACAAUUUCACGAAGAGAGCUUACGUGAGCAAAGCCAAGAAGAUCGCAGCUUUGCCUGCAGCUUAUGCUAAGUCACUGUUCAGUUCUUCAAGGUUGUCUUCUUCCUCCACGUGAUAACACUUGCGAAGAUUCUAACAAAGCUCAAAACUUUGUGAUUGAAAACAAA